GAAACUUCCCCUGAACCCGCUCUCUAGUCCCCGGCACUUUCCUCCUUAUCUUUUCCUCCCGAAAACCCUCCAGACCUUCCGAAACGCACACACGACUUUCCACCAUGGCUGACGUGAGCUACCCCGACACAAAUGGCCACAGCGCACUCGCAAAGGGUGCCGAGAACAUCAAGUCCGAGGCGUCCCGCACUGGUCAAGAAUUCCGCGAUUUGAGGAACACUAGCCCUUCAUCUACCACUGCGACCGGUCAACCCUUGACCUACUACCACUCGCUGCUGUACAGCCUUUUGAGCUGGGAGCAACCCCGAGCUACCGCCAUCUCCUUCGCGAGUGUCAUCACAUUCAUCUUUGCCGCCCGUUACCUUCCCCUCCUCCGUUGGUUCUUCAAAUUCAUCUAUGUGGUUCUGGGCUUCACCGCUAUUGUUGAGGUCGGCGGCAGACUUGCUCUGUCACAGAGUGUCGUGAGCUCGUUCCGGCCUCGCAAGUACUACACCGUGCCCAAGGAGACUAUCGAGGCUGUGUUGGAGGACCUUGAGCAGCUCAUCGACUUUGUCCUCAUUGAGUUCCAGCGUGUUCUAUUCGCCGAGAACAUUGUCCACACCAUUGCAUCUUUCUUUGCCGCUUUCACCGCCUACUGGUUGAUCAAGUUCCUUCCUUUCUGGGGACUGUCUUUGAUUGCGGUCACCAUCGCCUACAUGGGACCCUUGGUCUACAUCAACAACCGUGAAGUCAUCGAUGCCCACAUUGAGCACGCGCAGGAAGUUGUCAACAGCCAGGCCCACCAGCUAAAGGAUCUUGCUGAGGAGCGCACUGCCCAUGCCACGGGUGUUGUGAGGCAGUAUGUUGGUGACUACAGCGCCAAGGCCCAGGGAUACAUGCGUCGCUCUGCGACCCCCGAGAUGGCUCGGGCACCCGCCCCCGUUGUCAAGAAGGAGCCUGAAGCCGAGCCCGAGAUCAAGACGACUGACUUCCCGGAGGCACCCAAGGAGGAGCCCGUGGCCGCCCAGGAGCCCGUUGUGGAGACGAUCGAACAGCCUGCUGAGCAGGUGAAGUCGGAGCCUCUUCUGGCAGCUUAGGGAACCGAGGCCUUUGAUACAGGAUCGGCUAAUGGUCGGGAUUAGUCGGAUGAUGGACUUGUGGGAAUGGCGGGGUAGGUGCAGGGGUGAUAAGAAUUGGUAGCAGUGACAUCCAAGUAGGAUGGAUUGGUUGGGUGUAUGAUGACUAACCGGGAUGAUGCGUUUCGAGGGUUUGCGGACGAUAAUUGUAUGUUUCUCUGCUGGCUGCGAAUUAUGCUGCAACUUGUCGAAUGUAAUCACCGUAUGACUUGAUUUUCUGUCCGAUUAAACUUUAUCUCGGAUUUAGUGUCUGCACUACGGAGUAGUGACGUAGGCAAGCCAGUCGGGAGUAUGUUGAUACAGCCUAGCGUUUCGAGUCACAAUAUAUAUUGC